AUGUUCGAGGAAAUUUAUUUCUGGAGCAAGAAUGGCCGGCCGGACGCUGAAAAGAAUCAUGACCUGAAUUCUGCUUGCCACGUGAAAUUACGUUGUUUGAAGACCGAGAAAACCAUCGUUAAGACGUAUCAUAUGGAUUUUGGAGAGGGGCAAGCUGGAAUUAAAGCUCAUGACUUGAUGGAUCGAACUGUUUUUCGUCAGGAUAUCGCUCCAUAUGUAUCCUACUCGGUGAACAAAAAGAAGAGAUGGGAAAUGGUGGAAAAUGAUAAAAUUGAAAUUCUUGGAGAGGUUCAAAAACUAUAUGAUGAUAUGGAGGUAUUGAUUCUUGAUCGAGUUCAAUUUAGAUGUCCAACAUUUAUUUCUGGCCGCUAUUACUUUCAUGAUUUGUACUUUAACUGGUUUCCAAUUCGAAACAUCCAUAGACUCCACGAGGAUAAGACUUAUCAGUGCACAUCUGUCAAUUCAGUGUUUGGUGAAAAAAUCGAACAUUUCUCCCCUGAAAGUCGAUCAUCUUGUAAAUCUCCAAUUUGCCUGGAAACCUCAAAAGUUGCUGGAAAAACAAAAGUUGCAUAUCACAUUAUCACUCCUCCAAAGAACUACGAAGCACUCGUUCAAAAAUCAUUUCAUCCUGGAAGAGUGAGAAUGAAGUGGUGGUGGUCGCCUGAAGAUAAUUUGAAAACCAAUUAUAAGUCUUGGAUCGAUGAGGAUUAUUUCGAAUGGAUCACUUAUGAUGCGUUGAUGGAUAGGGAGUGGGAUGAUGUUCAUGAGUGGGAUGAGGAAGGUUAUGUGGAAAAUGAGGAGGAGCCAGAGAAAAAGUGUUACAACCUCGAAGAUCAUUUUGUGGAUAAAUGGACGAUGGUGAAGAGGACAGCGAAGUGA